CUCCCCCCACCUUCACGGAGACACCGCCGCAGUAAGUAGAGGCGAAGGAAGGCAGCAGCAUCACCUUGACCUGCAUGGCGUUCGGGAACCCCAAGCCCAUCGUCACCUGGCUGAAAGAAGGAGACCUUUUGGGUGCUAAUGGCAAGUACCAGGUGAGCGACGGGAGCCUUACGGUGCUCUCUAUCAGCCGGGAGGACCGGGGUGCCUAUACCUGCCGGGCAUACAGCAUCCAGGGGGAAGCUGUGCACACAACGCGCCUGCUUGUUCAAGGACCUCCAUUUAUUGUUUCCCCUCCGGAGAACAUCACGGUCAACAUCUCCCAGGAUGCGCUCUUCACCUGCCAAGCCGAGGCGUACCCCGGGAACCUCACCUACCUGUGGUACUGGGAGGAGGAGAACGUCUACUUCAAGAACGACCUGAAGCUGAGGGUGCGGAUCCUGAUCGAUGGGACGCUGAUCAUUUUCCGUGUCAAGCCAGAGGAUUCUGGAAAAUACACCUGUAUCCCCAGUAACAGCCUGGGCCGCUCGCCAUCAGCCUCUGCCUACCUGACGGUGCAGUAUCCUGCCCGUGUGGUGAACAUGCCCCCCGUCAUCUAUGUUCCCAUCGGGAUACACGGAUACAUCCGCUGCCCGGUCGAGGCAGAGCCCCCGGUCACGCUGGUCAAGUGGAACAAAGACGGACGUCCCCUGCGGAUCGAGAAGUAUGCCGGCUGGAACCUGCUGGAAGAUGGGUCGAUCCGGAUAGAGGAGGCAACUGAAGAUGCUCUCGGCACUUACACCUGUGUGCCUUAUAACGCCCUGGGUACGAUGGGCCAGUCUCCCCCUGCCCGACUGGUACUGAAGGACCCCCCCUAUUUCACGGUGCUACCAGGCUGGGAGUACAGACAGGAGGCAGGGAGGGAGCUGUUGAUUCCUUGUGCUGCUGCCGGAGACCCCUUUCCCAUCAUCGCCUGGAGAAAGGUAGGGAAGCCCAGCAGGAGCAAGCACAACACACUGCCCGGUGGCACCCUGCAGAUCCGCUCCCUCGGCAAGGAUGACCACGGCGAGUGGGAAUGCGUCGCCACCAACAUCGUCGCAAGCAUUACUGCCAGCACCCACCUCACUGUUGUAGGCACAAGCCCUCAUGCCCCAACCAGCGUGCACGUGGUGGUGGCCAUGACCUCAGCCAACGUCUCCUGGGAGCCCGGCUACGACGGUGGAUACGAGCAGACAUUCUCAGUUUGGUACGGCCCUCUGAUGAAGAGAGCCCAGUUUGGCCCCCACGACUGGCUGGCUCUCCCUCUGCCAGCUGGGUCCAGUUGGCUACUGGUGGAUACCUUGGAACCGGAGACUGCGUACCAGUUCAGUGUCUUGGCUCAAAACAAGCUGGGCACCAGCUCCUUCAGUGAGGUGGUCACUGUGAACACUCUAGCAUUCCCUGUAACAACUCCAGAGCCUCUGGUGUUGGUUACCCCACCGAGGUGCCUAACAGCCAACCGGACACAGCAAGGCGUCCUCUUGUCAUGGCUUCCUCCUGCUAACCACAGCUUCCCCAUCGACCGCUACAUCAUGGAAUUCCGCGUCGCGGAGAGGUGGGAGAUCUUGGAUGAUGGUAUCCCAGGGACUGAGAACGAGUUCUUUGCCAAGGACUUGUCCCAGGAUACUUGGUACGAGUUCCGUGUCCUGGCGGUCAUGCAGGAUCUCAUCAGUGAACCCAGCAACGUUGCUGGUGUCUCCAGUACAGACGUAUUCCCUCCGCCUGACCUGACGGAAGAAGGUCUAGCCCGCCCGGUGCUGGCUGGCAUCGUUGCCACCAUCUGCUUCCUGGCUGCUGCCAUCCUCUUCAGCACACUCGCCGCCUGCUUCGUCAACAAGCAACGCAAACGCAAGCUCAAGCGCAAGAAAGACCCUCCUCUCUCGAUAACCCACUGCAGGAAGAGUUUGGAGUCCCCGUUGUCUUCCGGCAAGGUGAGUCCCGAGAGCAUCCGCACACUCCGUCCCCCUUCGGAGUCCUCUGACGACCAGGGCCCACAGGCCAAGCGGAUGCUGAGCCCCACCAAGGAGAAGGAGCUUUCCCUUUACAAGAAGACCAAGCGAGCCAUC